CGGCCCCAUUCUUCAGCGUUUAGAGUUAGAUUGAUCGUGCAGGAGAGAUUAGUUAUUUGUGAAAAUUUAAAGAAAAUAAUCAAAUGUCUCUAAAAAGAAAGAGGUGGCACAAAUUUGGAUCGUUAAAAAUUGUACAAGAGUUGUGAUUACCUUGAUCAUCCGGGACAUCAGCUUCAUCCAUGGCUGCAGCAACAAGUGGGAGGGUGCACGAGGAAUGCUGCACUUCAUAUCGACUUCCUGAAAAUGAUGAUUUAGAAUCUGUUACAGGUGGAACUCUAGCACAAAUUGAAGAAUUGAUAAAAAAACAUGAAUUAGAAACAUUAUCAAAAUAUGUUUGUAAAAAAAAGGAUAAAGAUUUUGGAAAAGAAAUUCUGGAAAUGGACUUACAGACACGAGCUGUGAGAUUCUGCGACACACAAGAAAAUGCCUGUCCAGCGAUUCCCUUUGAUGGCAUUCCUUUCAUAAUAAUAGGAAGAAAGAUAUUAGAGUGCCAUCAAGGGGUAGAUCGUGAUCUUAAACUGAAAGAGAAAAGAAGGCUGGAAAGAGAACUUUUGAGUGAAGAUGACAAUAGCUUCAAAAAAAGAAAGAGGAGGCACCAAGAGACCAAAAAGAAAUCUUGUCCCGCAUUUAUAAAAAUUCGGCAUAUUGUUAAAUUCCCAGAUUACAUGGUUAAAGAAGAUUGUAAAAAAAGAGAAAAAAUGAGGAUAAGUACACAGAUAAAAGAACAACUAAGCCAACACACAAUAAAAAUGCAGCAUCAGUUCAUUAUAUUAUUACCUACUGAGGAAGAUCAUCAAAACCAUUUUAAAGGGGAGGCAUUGCAGCUGGAACCCAUUGAGAUAGACGUCUCCAAGUUGCCAGUACCAACAAAAUCAACGUUGGAAAUAGCUUCUUCCACUACAUCCGAUAUAUGCAACCAGAUAAUGAGUUAUUCACAUGCCUGCAAUGACAUCAAUGUUCUUCUUAAACUUAACCAAGAAUUAAAAAGUUCUUUAGAAUUUUUAACAAUGUCAUUAGACCAGAUAGACCAUUUCAUUAUUGAGGAUAACCAGUUUACCUACAUUGGAUCAACGAAUGCAACAUAAAAUUAGCUUAUAUUAGAACCUCCAUUUCUGCAUGUAGUGUCUCUCUGUGAUUAAGGCACUAGCUAACUAAUCAGUUGACUGAGAAGGUUCCUCUGGAUUUCUCAACGUGGUUUCCCCUUAUCAGUGUUGUGGGACGGAGGGUCUGGCAAAAAACAAUGCCUAGCCCUUUGGAUGGAAUAGAAAACUGAGGUCCUGUGGAGACAUUCGCGUGCAUGUAAAAGAACCCUUGCAAUUUGACAAAAGUGUAAGGGGAAACACCGCUGUUUGGCCAAAAUGUCCCUUGUAACACACUGUAUGACUGUCUUUUUUUAGCAUUAGUUGAUGCAGAAAAGUGGUUGGUUAAGAAAGUCGAAGUUAGACCCCAUUUCAUUUCCUUAUAUAGUUUAAAACAAGGGUCAAUAUUUAUUUAUUUUGACAUAU